GGUUCGAGUACCGCCGCGAAUGCACGUAAGCGACGUUUGUCGUCGCGCUGUCCGCCCCUUUCUCUAUCUCUAUUUCUUUCUCUUUCUCUUUUUCUCCCUCUCUGUUUCUCUCUCGACUUAUUCGUUGCCAUUCAACUUUCCUGUCCCUCUUUCUUACCAACUUUUAUUCUCUAUUUCUCUCUUUUUCUUUGCUUUUCUCUAUUCUUUGGAUAUAUGUAAACGUAAUCGCGUCUUUCAUGUGCUGUCUCGGAUAGCACUGACAACCGAAUGCACUAUAAACGCAUAUAAACGGAAGCGGUCCUCGAACGAGUCCUCGAAGGACCUCGACGUGAGUUGACCUUUCGAGUAUGCGAGUCGAUUUGAGAGAAAAAAAUCCAGCGUAUAUCGAUAUAUAGCGCAGGGUGGGGAAGCAACUGAGAACCGAUAAGAAAACCCGGUGUAAACAAAGGAGAGUGAGGCCAUAUUCGAGAGAAAGGGAGACAGAAAGAGUGGGAGGUGAGAAGGGGAAACACGCGAUCGGAGUAGUAGCUCGACUCCCUCGCGCCAAAAGAGAUUCACUCGUGCGGUAUUAGCCUCUCUUGUUAGGGAAAGUCGUUGCGAAUAACCGAGUAGCGACAUAUUCCUGAUCCCUGGACCGUUGAGAUUUUCCUUCCGCUGAUCUUAAGCACUUUCGGCCGAUCGAUGUCUUGCGCGAUUCGCGACGAUCGAAGAGUUUGAACUUGAUACUAUUGGAUAAGUAUCGAAUCAAAGUGAGCAAAAAGUGAAAAAGACAGUGGCCAGGGGGCGCCGUGGAGUUCCAACUCAACGGGGCGCAAUAUCGGUGUGGGACGGUGAGAAGAGGAGAGCGAAGGACGCCAACGGAAUGCUCGACUUCGAACAACAGGCCAAUCAGGCACAGGCAGAGGCACUGGCCUCGCUGGAUGACGACUGGCACCUGCUCGAGGAUUCUAAAAUGAGAUUGGAGGAGGAUCUGGUGAUCCGCAGGAGCCGACCCACGAUGAUCUCCGCUAAAUAUCGCGCCCGCGAAGAACGUCGCCGUUUGCUUAAGAUUUCCGCCGGCAAGCUGAGGAGGAUCGAGGACCCUGAAGCGAGUUUAUGCCGAUCAGUUCUCAUAAAUAAUGCUGUACGACGAUUGCAGCGUGAAAAUCGGGACGAGAAGACACGGAGUUACGGUACGCUUCCAGUGGUGGCAUCAUACAUGGAUGCCAGCAAGGAAAAUAACAUCGCCGAGAAUCUCAUUGCCGACGUAACGGAUGAGGAAACCUCCUCUAGAAAGAGGUUGGCCGAUGAUUCGAGAAACGACGGACUCAAUUCCAAGCGACAUAGGCACGAUGACUUGGACUUGCAGGAUGACGUAUUCAGUGACUUCUACAUCUUGCCGCCGACGCCACGUUUGCUCUCGCACAUCGAUGAAAUUCAGUCAGAAGCAGUAGCGUCCCAUCAUAACGACAAUCGCCAUCUGGACUUCUCGGAGGACCGCUUGAGCAGCGGCGUGGCAGACGUGCGACCAAACGGCACGAUCAUCAGCACAAGUAGCACCUCUACUAACGGCAAUGGGGUCGAUAGCACGACGAGCUGCCAUUCCAUGCUCUUCCCCGGCGUCGGAGAUCUCGACGACACGAGCGUACAACUCUCGAGACCGGGAACCGAUAUGAUGGAGGUGGCCGACGUAGUCGAUCCCGAUCGACUUUGCGACUUUUCCAGAUUCGCCGACUCGGCAAAGACGCUGGAGGAACGACUGGCUGAGCUGCAGUCUUUGGACGAGCAUUUUGAUCUCACCAAGUUCGAGCGCAACAACAAUCAGAGUUGCGGCCGCGCCUUCCAUGACAUACAAACCUUCCACAGCCUGGUGCCGGGCCUGGAAACUUAGACGAUGGUACUAUAUUUCGAGUCGCGACGGUGUUGCAGGACGCCAAUGGCAACGGUCGUCGAUGUCGACUUUGCGGUACGCAAAGUCGUCUGACGAGAAGAGUCACGCGUGAACUCUGUGUUCGCCUUAUCCUCCUGGCUUAUCUUCGUGCGCUCGUAGAUGAAAAACGCGUGGUUGGACGUGUGCUGACGCGCGUUAAGUACUCUAAAAAAUUUUUCACCGUGGGCAAAUAGAUGGGCUAAAUUGUAUCUUGGAUGACGUGUUAUUUUAACACGUAAUUCAUAUUAGAUCUGCAACAAAAAUUUUUAAAAAACUUGCUAAAAAUUUAGAAAUGUACAAUUUUUACCGCAAUUAAACUACAAGGGACGACAAAAAGUUAAAUUUUAAAAUCGAUCGAAAAUAACAUGUCUGCCGUUCCAGUAUUAAUAAGAUUAAAAAAUGCAAUCGGUGCGAUUACCAAUAUAUCUUCAACGCAACGUCGAAAUUAUUAAGGAAUUAUAAAAAUUUUAUUAAUUCUGUGUUUAAGCUUAAUUUGUUGCAACUUAAAAAAUGCAAAUUAAAUUCAGUUAUUACAUGAAUGAUGUUAAAGUAUAUGAUAGACGAUACCCCGCCAUAAUAUAUGUACAUGCACGGAAUUUCGGUCAUAUCAUGUAUCGCCUGCAAGUCUGACUCAUGCUGGUAAUAAUCUACUUACAGCCCUGACUCAAUGUUGAACGCGCAACCACAUUGUGUUAUUAGAUACCUAAUAACACAGUGAAUACACGCCGCUCUUUAGUUGGCCAUUUUGUUUAGCAAUAAUCUUAGCGAGAACAUUUUCCAUUAAUUCCAUUAAUUGCUUUAUAUACAUAGAAUCAUGAAUGCAUUUUUAAUUUUCAAUAUUUUAUUGAUUUUUAUUGAUUUUUAUAUAUAUACGCCAUGUAAAAAGGUGAGACCAGCAAUUAUGAAAGCUUGUCGAGAAAAAACAAAUUCUGAAAAAAGUAUUAAUAUAGUUAUAUAUGAUAAAUUAUUUUUAUAAAUUCUUGUAUCAUUUGCUAUUUAACAUGUAAUAUUGCAAAAUUCAAAAUCGGUUUUUAUAGUGCGAUUUGACAGUGGCAGGCAUAAUUGCUGGCUUCGCUCUUCAGAUGCUCCGCUUAAUCUAUUUAUGCGACAAUAUCAAAUCUAUUUAAGGUCAAUGACUGAUGAUAGAUAUGAUGGAUUUUAGUUAACUCAAUUUAGCGUAAGGGCACCAGUUCUGGAUUAUCCUAAGGAUAAAAAUUCAUAUUUUUAUUUAGAAAAAAAUAUUAAACAAUUAAUAACAUAAUUAAUAGUUUGUAAUUUAACAAAAAAAAUAUUUUAUUCAAUUUUAGUACUAUUUUAUAUUUUUUAAUUUUAAUUGAAUAAACUAAUGAAAAUUGUCCACAAUUAGAUACUUGGGGGACUAGCUUCAAGGUAUUAAACUUUGAGUGAAUUUUUAAAGCUAUAACUAAACGUCUCACGUUUUGUUACUUAAUAUCAAUAAAAUGUAGCGUUGCUGUUGCUAAUAAACAAGAAACAAUUGACAAUUAAUAAAGCUAACGUAAAUGCUAAAGAAUCUUGCGAUAUGCGUCAUUUGAUGAAAAAAUGCAAUAGUUAUUUAAUAUAAUAAAUUAUUUUUUCUUAGCGAGACUAGUGCUCGCGCGAGCAUGCAAUCAUCCAUAUCUAGUGCCUUUACUUCAAUAAUAAUUAUUUUAAUUCUUUUACUUUAUAGUAUGAGAAUAUCAUCUAAUAUCAUCUUCCUUUCAUAACAAUAGUCUUCUUUCUCAUGAAAUAAUCUCUCUUCUCUCUCCUCUUCCUUUUACUUUAUAAAUACCUAUCUCAAAUUUACUUUUAAACAUUAUUUAUGGAAUUGUUAUAAAUUUAAUUGAAAAUAUGUACUUCUAAUUAGAUUUUUCUGAAUUGUCGAUGGCGCUAAUGAUCUUGUACGCGCAAUCAUGAGUCAAGUGCUAAUGUCCUCGCUGACUCCUUAUCCGCGUCGUCCGCCCAACCUUGCCCGCGGCCUGAACUACGUCGAAGCACCUCGCGCAGUAUCGAAGCGUCAUGGAGAUACGCGUGCCUGCAUAUUAUUCUCCACCGAUACAAACUUUUUUUGGUACCGGCGCAACCUUCGGCAUGACGCAAAGCGCGCGCGUAUGUGCACAUUGUUUGUAUAUACACAGAUAGAUUUUUAAUAACAUGUUAAGGAUAUAGGAUGAAUUAUAUCGAGAGAGAAUAACGCACAUCGAGAUAGAACUAUGAACGUGAAUAAAAAAGCAGCUUAGCGCCAGUAAGAUCUAUAAAGGAACCAAGUUUUCCGGAUAUCUGAAAAAAUAUUAAAAGUUAAAACAUCAAUGUUUCUUGAUUUUCUUAUUGAACGCAAAUGUAUGUUCAUUGUAACUGUCCGCUGCUAUUUUAUUCAAAAACAAUAAAAUGCGCUAUUUUUUAUUUAAAAAUAUGAAAUGCUGCGAACCUGUAUCUUCGUAUCAAAUGGCGUUAAGCGCACUGUCUGCGCGUGAUUUCUUCUUCGCGUUGUGUUCAAGAGCUCUAUAGCGAAUUCUCUCUAACUACCCUAACCGUAUAGAAAACUUGCGUCUUUGUAAGGCAGUUUUCUUUGUGGAAAAAUCUGAAAUUUAGUAUUGUUAUAUUAUUAUAAAUUUCACGGCACUCCUGGAUAUGAAUGACUGUGUUUUUAAACGGUCUGGUUCUAAUGCGGUGCAAUUCAUUCCGGAGCAUAGUUCUCCGUAGGCCGUCUUGUAAGCACGACGAAACACACACGCUAUCGCGUAACGCCACAACGAGCCUUAGCUGUUGUACGUUAUUGCAUUAUUUUUAUUGAUAUUUCUUUAUAUUCGAGGAGUAGACGCCUUAGUAAGCAA